CUACGCCUGUGCAACAAAAGCAUAACGAAUCAUUACCUUUGCCAUAUAUCCAAACGAACGCGCUGAAGCAUCAGCCGCAAGUCAAGUUCGAAUCUCCAGCUGCAAGCCCAAGAGUCACCACACCGAUGAGAGGGACUCAACAGGUUCUGUCGUCUCCUUCUCGCCUGUUCUUUUUCGGACAACAACAGCAGCAGAAGCAAGGAUGGAAUAACAACCAUGAGCUGAUCGCCACUUUCAAAAUGCCUUGGCCUGAAGAGCAUGCAAUAGGAUAUCUCAACUCCAAUCUCAAUUCAAUUACGACUGACGCCAUACCUGUAAUCGGGUCUAUAAAUCCGACAGUUUCUCACAGCGAUCUUGAGGCCCAGGACUCUUGUUUCCCUCUAAUGAUGAUCCAUAAGAAGUUGCAAAUGAUAACGGAUCGCGAAACUACUACAGCAUCUGAAGAAACAGCCUCUGCUUUACAAAUUAUUUCGAACGAGCCUCUUACUAUCGACCCUCUUCGCCCACCAGUAUCGUUCAUAUCCAGAUCGUCACCAUUAUCACCAUCGCUGUCGUCGUCAUCGUCAGCUUACUUUAUAAGUAACACUCCUACCGACACAGAAAUGGAUGUUUUCCUUCGUCGGACUUCAGUAUCAGCAGCAGUGCCAGACCGAUAUCGAUAUCCCAGUAUGGGGAGCAUGGUCUCUGACUUGGAGCCUAUUUCUGAACAAUCGUGCUAUUCAUUACAGUCAUCUCCCCCUUCCUCGGUAACCACGAUAGGGUCUGGAUCAGAUCCGAUGACGACCGACUUUGAUGACAACAGUAAUCCGAACGAGAUACAUUCCCGAUAUGAUUGGAGUUUAAAUGUCUCCGUUGUUCCAUUACCGAACAUUGAGAGAAAAUCCGUGCACUUGGAUUGUCAGCAAGAAAGACAGCAGCAGCAAGAACAGCAACAGCCACUUCAACCUCCGCUCUCUGGCAAAACAAUUUUCUCUCAUCCUGGUGUGGAGGAAUUAUCAGUCUCAAAAAGGAGAGCCUUAUCAACAUCAACCAUCUAUUCCUCUUCCCCUUCCUCCUCUGCUUCCUCUCCUUCCUCUUCUUCCGCUUCAUUUUAUUCAUUUUCCGAAGAAGGAAUCAAAUCAUUGGACGAGCCCAACGACCAGACAAUAAGCUUCAACUGAACCACGCCGUGCCCAAUGUGAAGCAGGUCCUGACAUCAUAUAAAGAGUAGAGAGAAAUAUUUCGAACGACACCAAGCUGAAGGAUCUUAUCGGACCUCAAUAAUGCCAUUCAGCCAUUUUUAUUAUAGCUUUUAUUAUUAUUUUCAUUGUAUCAAAAGACUCU